GCGUCCUAGAACGGGCGCGGAACAAGGGAGGGGCGGAGUGAGCUGGCACGAUUGAUUGUUGCGCCCUUUGCUCCGCCGCUGAGCGUUCCGAGCGAGGCGCUGCGCCCCCUGAGCGGCCGUGCGAGGCACCAAGGCGCAGUCCCGCCCGGGCCUGGGCUCUGCUACUUGCCACCUGCCCAGAGGACCCCCCCUCCCGCUCCUCCUCCGGACCCGGCCAUGCUGCCCAACACAGGGAGGUUGGCAGGAUGCACUCUCUUUAUCACGGGUGCAAGCCGUGGGAUUGGAAAAGCGAUAGCCUUAAAGGCAGCCAAGGAUGGGGCAAAUAUUGUGAUAGCUGCCAAGACUGGAGUGCCGCAUCGCACACUUCCAGGAACUAUCUACACUGCUGCAGAAGAAAUUGAAGCAGCUGGAGGAAAGGCUUUAGCAUGCAUUGUCAAUGUCAGAGAAGAAGAGCAAAUUGUCGAUGCAGUGGAUCAGGCUGUCCAGAAAUUUGGAGGGAUAGAUAUUCUUGUGAACAAUGCAAGUGCUAUCUCUUUAACUGGCACACUGGAUACGCCUACAAAAAAAGUGGACCUAAUGAUGAGUGCCAACACAAGAGGAACCUACCUCACAUCUAAAAUAUGCCUCCCUUAUUUGAAAAAGAGUAAGAUUGGCCAUAUCCUCAAUAUCAGCCCACCGAUUAACCUAAACCCUAUCUGGUUCAAAAAUCACUGUGCUUAUACAAUUUCUAAAUAUGGAAUGUCCAUGUGCGUGCUGGGAAUGGCAGAAGAAUUUAGAGGAGAAGUUGCAGUCAAUGCAUUAUGGCCUCAAACAGCUAUAUACACCUCUGCAAUGGAUAUGCUGGGAGGAGCUGGCGUAGAGAAACAGUGCAGGAAAACAGAUAUACUUGCAGAUGCCGCAUACUGCAUUUUAACAAAGCCCAAAACUUUCACCGGAAACUUUGUCAUUGAUGAAACUUUAUUGAGAGAAGAAGGAAUUCAGAAUUUUGAUGUAUAUGCGGUUGCCCCAGGUCAUCCUUUGCUACCAGACUUCUUUUUAGAUGUGGAUCCCGAAACACUAGCAAUGAAAAUGGAAGCACAAGGAGCUACUCCAACCUUCAGAGAAGGGAAAAAACAAGACCUUCCCAAGCAUGAAGGUCCUGACAAAACUAAACCUGAAGGUCCCGACAGAGGAAAGCUUCACGUGCAUUUUGCUGCCGAGAAAUCAGGGGGGCCUGUAGCAGAAACUUUUAAAAUUAUAAAAGGUGCGAUCAGUGACGAAGUUGUAAAGUCAACCCAAGGAAUUUAUCGGUUUGAAUUAUCUGGUGAAGGAGGAGGAACAUGGUAUAUUGAUCUUAAGAACAAUGGUGGCAGUAUAGGAAGCGGAGAACCACCAGGAAAAGUUGAUGUGGUUAUGAGCAUGUCCAGCACUGACUUCGUAAAAAUGUUUUCAGGCAAACUGAAGCCAACCCUGGCUUUCAUGUCUGGAAAGCUGGCAAUCAAGGGUGAUAUGGCCUUAGCAAUCAAGUUGGAAAGACUGAUGGGUCAGUUUAAUGCCAAACUGUGACGGUUUAUGGUGUCACGUUGAACUUUCAAUAAAUAUUCAGUUACCUUGCUGUUUCAAGAUAACUAAUCCUUGCUCUUGUUUAAAAUACUCUUAAUCUAUAGCUUCCUGAAUAUAUGACGUUUUGUAGGAAUAACUGCACCAAUUUUUAACUUUGUUUACUUGGAAUGAAAAUCCUAGUGAUUAAAGUGAGAUGUAUUUCAUAAGAAGUGCAUCUAGAUUAGCGUGGAACACAUCUUUUUUCAAAAAAUCAAUUCACCAUAAAUUUGCAGAAGGACAUUUACUCCUUUUGGUGGCACUGUGAACCCCCAUAUUGGCUUAGAUCAUGUUGGCAUUUUCCUUUUCUGAGGUAUCCAUGUUCCAAACUUUCCAAGGGUUGGGUUCCCUUUAAAACCCAUGCACCAGUGAAUACAACAAGUAAAUUGCACUGAUUUGGGGUGGCUAUGAGUUAGGCCUUCAUUCCCCAAACAGAAAACUUGAUCCUACAUCCUGUUGCUUUUCGAAACCCAAAGAAUACCCCAUAGAAUCAUUUGGUAUGAAAGUUAAUUGAUUUCAGCAGAGGACACCAGGCUAGAAUUGCCCAUUAAAUUACCAUAUUUUUCCGUCUAUAAGGUGCUCCCAUGUAUAAGAGGCACCCUAUUUUGGGGGACUCAGAUUUAAGAAAAUGGGGGGAGAUGGCCCCAUGUAUAAGACUCCGCCUAAUUUUUGACAUUAUUUUUUAGGGGGGAAACCAAGUCUUAUACACGGAAAAAUACGGUACCUCAAAUACACGUCUGUCUUUUUCUUUGUCAGUACUGACAUUUUGAUUUAUAUGGUUUAUUUUUAAAGUUAUUUUUUAAAAAAAGAUUUGUGUUUCAGUUACAUAAUUACUUUUUCCUUAGAAUUUUUAGACCGAGAUCAGUGAUCAAAGAUUUUUAUUUUUUAAAAGGGGGCAGAUAUAUGUGCCUUGCAACAGAAUCCUAACUAUGUCUACUCGAAAGUGCCUAUAAUAUUACCUCAGAGAGUAGUAUUUUGGAAUGAAAUAUUUUUUAAUACAUUUGCUCCUGUGAAAAACUGAUCCUGCCAAACUGUAUUUAGAGAGAGAAUUGAAAUAAAAUGUAUCUUUUUGUGUGACAA